AUGCAAAAGAAAAUUGAGUAGCCUAAGGCAUAACCUAAAAGGUAUACUAUAAUGAUAUUUAUUUACUUCAGAGCUAUAAGGAUAGAGGAUGAAAAUAAAUUAUCAAUAACAUUACCACAUAUAGAUACUAUUGCUAUCAAUUUUAAUACAAAGUAUCAAUUAGGUAAUAUGAUUGGAGAAGGUGCUCAUGGAUUAGUGAAAAAAGCUAUCAAAUUAGAAACUAAUGAAUAAGUAGCAGUCAAAAUUUCAAGAAGUGGAGACCCUGAACUUGUAAAAACAUUUACUGAAGCUUACAAAAAUACUAGAAUACUAGAUCAUGAAUACAUAAUAAAAGUAUAUGAAUGCUACAUAGAUGAAUAAUCUGAAACAUUAUAUUUAGUAAUGGAAUUCUCAAAUUUACCCAGUUUGGAGGAUGUUAUUAAAAAACACAAGAAAUUAACGUAAUUGUACAUCCUUCAAUUAGGGAAGAAUAAUCUAAGAUAUUGAUUAGACAUAUACUAUUGGCUCUAUGGCAUAUUCAUGAAAGAGGAAUAGCUCAUAGAGACUUAAAGCCAGAUAAUGUAUUAAUCAACAAAAAGUCCCUUGAUAUCAAAAUCAUAGACUUUGGAGUCAGCAGAAGAUUCAAAAAAUAUAAUGGAAGAGAAUUUGUGGAUGUUAACAUGUGGACUAGAACAGGAAAUGUUUAUUAUGCUGCUCCAGAAAUCUUGACUGGCGGAGGUUAUGAUGAAAGAGUAGAUCUCUGGUCUCUAGGUGUCUGUUUAUUUCGUAUAUUGAGUGGUCAUUUCCCUUUUUUUGAAGAUAGUGUUUUAGGAACCAUUGAAAAAAUAUUAAAAGGAACAUUUGAACUCAAUGAGAAUAUUUCCUUACUUGCUAGAGAUUUGAUCAAACGGCUUUUGGAUCCUAAUCCAUCUCAAAGAUUAUCUGCGUAAUGUAUAUUUUAGAGAUUCACAUUAUAGUGGCUCUACAACAUCCUUGGCUCUAUCAUAACUAGAUUGAUCCCAUAUCACCAAAUAGUACUGAAAUUCUCAACAAAUCCAAUUACCGAGCAAGUGAUGAUAUUUGUGAUAUCUCUUAUGGAGGAGAAAAGAAUACAUAUUACAGCAGGAAUCUCCAUAUGAGAAGCAAUACAAUGACCAAGAGUCCAGUCAUGCAAUAGGAAUAAAAUCAAAAUUCAAAUUCCAAAUCUCCCCUUAAUUUAUUAAAAUAAGAUCUCGAUGAAGAAAUUCAAUAGUCUCCUUUAAUCAAAUUGAAAAAAAUUUAAAAUCAAAUGAAUAAAGAAAUCAAUAUCAUUAAAAAGAAUGAAUCUAAUGGAUAAGGAUUACUUAGAAUUAGGUAGAGAUUAUAAAUGGAAAAAUUAGACAUCAUACAUGAAAUUUAAUGA